AUGCGAAGGCAGACGUCGCUGCUCACGUGCGGCUGUGUGUUUCAGGGCGCGGUGCACACGAGCGCCCGGCUCGGGCUCAGGUAUGGCGUGCUGGCCUUCGUGCUGGGCGACAAGGUAAGCAAAAGGCUGACGGAGCGCAGCAAGGUCAUCACCGUGGACGGCAACCUCUGCUCUGGGAAAGGCCAGCUCGCCAAGGACCUGGCGGAGAAGCUCGGUAUGAGGCACUUUCCGGAGGCAGGCAUUCAUUACGCAGCCAGAAGAGUGGGCGAUGGGAAGCCGCUGGACAGAGAGUUAAGCGGCGACUGCAGUCUUGAGGAGUUUUAUGAUGAUCCGAAGAGCAACACUGGCAACAGUUACCGCCUGCAGGCCUGGCUGUAUGCGAACCGCCUCCUGCAGUAUGCGGACGCCCUGGAGCACCUGCUGAGCACAGGCCAGGGUGUGGUGUUGGAGCGCUCCAUCUUCAGCGACUUUGUCUUCGUGGAAGCGAUGUAUAAGCAGGGCUACAUCCGAAAGCAGUGUGUGGACCACUACAGUGAGGUGAAGAAGAUCACGCUGUGCGAGUACCUCCCUCCACACGUGGCCAUCUACAUCGACGUGCCCGUCCCCGAGGUUCAGAGCCGCAUCCAGAAGAAAGGAGAUGUAAUCAGACUUGCCCCGCUGCUUGUGGCUGACUUGGGCCCGUUGACAAGAGCCCAUGUCCUCCCGAUGGCCGCCGAGCCCUCACGGCUGCCCAUGGCUGACGCGGGCCCACUUGCUGUGCAGCAGGGCGGUUCGACACUGGUGACUGGUCUCUGUGAGAAGUGCGAGGUUCUGCAGUACAGCGCACGGGAAGCUCAGGAUGCGGAAAAGGUGGUGGAGGACAUCGAGUACCUGCAGUUUGAGAAGGGGCCUUGGCCGCAGCAGGACGACCUGGCAUUCCACAACCUGCGCAUGCUGGUUCAGGACAAAUCCAAGGUGAUCCACUUCACCACCAUCCCCAUCUAUCUUCCCGAGAUCACCGUGGGAGCCCACCAGAGCGACCGCCUCUACCACAAGUUCAGAGAGCUGCCGGGCCGGAAGUACGAGCCUGGGUACAAUGCCGAUGUGGGUGAUAAGUGGAUCUGGCUGAAGUGA